UAUUUUUUUUUUGGUCAAAUGGGUUUGGCUUUAACUGACCUUUCUCCUCUGUCGUUCGCAUUCCCUUUUUUAUUCCAUCUUAGUUUUCAGUCCAACUGUCUACUUGUUUUGUUGUUUCCAUGAUCCAACUCUCAAGUCAUUCUACAGCCCUCGGCAGAGCUCAGUCACAAAAGGACGAAAUAUCACGAACUAUGUCGGAUCAAGACGAACUACUCUCCAAUCUAAAUGACUUUAACGAGAUCCUUCAAUCCGAAGUCUACGUCGACCUCGAUCGUUUGCGAAUAUUGGCUCGUCACGGUAUACCCGAUCAGCUCCGUGGGGAAGUUUGGAAGUACUUACUAGGCGUUCAAGAAGCUGAUCGUUCCAAAGAACUCAGUCGAUCCAAAGCACGAAGUGAAGAAUACGAACAAAUUGAUAAAGUCGAUCCCGAAGUGGCCAAACGAAUCCGAAGUGAAGUGACCCGAUAUCAACGUCGAGUCCGGCAAUUGGAAGGAAAAGUUUAUGCUGCGGCAUUUGAGAACGUCAUUCUUGCCUAUCUCAACACCAACCGUGAUGUGGAAUAUAACCCUGCCUUGAUUUCUUUGUGUGCACCUUUCAUCUAUGUUCUCGAUAAAGAAUGCGACGCCUUCUUCUGCUUUGAACGCAUGAUGCAAGCCAUCGAGGAAUUUUAUACCACCAAUACCAUAAAAGAACGAGUCGCAAACUUUAUGACCCUGUUUCGAUAUGUAUUGCCUGAACUUUGCAGUUAUUUCGAAGAUGAAGAAGUCGAUUUAAAUGAAUGGGUCACAUCAUGGUUACAAAAUUUACUUGCCAAGGAAAUGCGAUUUGAUGAUUUACUUCGAUUAUGGGAUUCUUAUUUCGCCAUGAUGGAUCCCUUAAAUUUCCAUCCGUUUGUGUGCUUAUCUAUAUUGCGCAACGCCAAGGAGAAUUUGGAAGAUCUUGAACAAUCAGAAAUCCGGACGGUGUUGCUUCGACUUCCCAACUUGAACAUGCGCAUGGUUAUCACCGAAGCAUAUAAUUUGCGGCAUGAAACUCUCGAACGACAAAUGUCUGAAGAUGGAGACUUGUGAAAAAAAAAAAACACUUGUCCCUCCUCCCCCCGAAUUCCCUGGGAAGCCAGAGAAAUCAAUCAUUGUUAACAUUGCAUUCUAUCGUUUAUCCUCUUUUUUUAUUAUUAUUAGCCCUCAUUAUUUUCUUCUGAUCCAAUCCAACAUUGAUUUGACCCUGGAUUGACCUUUUUCAUUCUGAUUGAAUGGAUCGGCUGUUAUAUUUAGCAUGCAUGUGACAGCCACCGAUAACACUGAGCAUGCCACGGAAUAUGAUUUGAUCCGAUCAGUGCGGCCAUGAUCAGAAGAUAAAAAAAAAAAAAAAAAAA